AUGGCCGCCCCAACACCCAACACCAUCACCGUAACCCUCAGCCAACUAGCCAAAACAAUCGACCACUCGCUCCUGCACCCCACCCUCACCGACGCGGACAUCCAGACCGGCCUCACCAUCUGCAGCACCUACCGCGUCGCCACCGCCUGCAUUAAACCCUACCACGUCGCGCUCGCCAGCACCACGCUCGCCAACACCGGCGUCGGCGUGUGCGCCGUGAUCGGCUUCCCGCACGGCAACAGCACGACAGCGAGCAAAGUGUUCGAAGCACGGGAAGCCGCGGCCGGCGGCGCCCGCGAAAUCGACAUGGUGAUUAACGUCGGCAAGGCGCUGAGUGGGGAGUGGGCGUACGUGGCAGACGAGAUCCGCGCUGUCCACGAGGCUGUGCGCGCGGAGGGCGCGGCCUUGAAGGUUAUUUUCGAGAACGACUUCUUGGCCGACGAGCACGUCGUGCGUCUGUGCGAGAUCUGCACGGAGCUUGAGGUCGCGUUUGUCAAGACGUCGACGGGGUAUGGCUUUGUGAAGCAGCCGGGUGGGAUGUACAACUACAAGGGCGCGACGCCCUCGCAUCUGAAGCUCAUGCGCAAGCACGCUGGCAAGGAUAUCCAGAUUAAGGCUGCCGGCGGCGUGCGUACGCUGGAUGACUUGCUCUUUGUCAUGUCGGUUGGGGUUACGAGGAUUGGCGCUACUGCUACGGUCGCUAUUUUGGAGGAGGCGAGGAGGCGCGGGAUCACGGAUGAGCCGACUACGGUUACGUUUAAGCCGAUGGCGGAGGAUCAAGAUGGAGGGUACUAG